GACCAUGAAAAAUUAUACAGUUUCGUAAAUUUAAUAAAAAAGAAAAUUAUGCAGAUCUAUAAAGAAAAUGAGUAACUUUUUAUCAUCACAAAUCCCUUGUUGACGUUAAUGUAUUUACUAAUGGUUUUAUGCCGGGUUUUGCAUGGCUAGUCAAACGUGGUAUACCUCAUAUAGAUCUGCAUAACUACAUCUCGUGAUURAGAACAUUCGAUUAUUGAUCAACAACUAUUUGCAAUGACUUCGCUAAUAGGGAAGAAAGGUGAARAMCCAUCUCAUGUCUACACGAACUCRGYUUUGGAUGYCGCUAGACGCAAUAAAACUACUUCUGACAACAAUUCUGGGUAUGAAGAAGCAAUUGAUAACAAUAAAGAGCCGAGCCAACAUACCGACUUAGCAGAUAAUUACAGCAAGCUUGUGAGUUUACCUCGUCCAUUAGCAUUGGUUGAUUCGACACGUCGAGGUAGCGACCGAGUAGCCAAUCCCUAUGCAGUCGACGAUCCUUCAGUUGUAAUUUCGAAAGGAAUUAUUAACGAUGGUUAUGAAGAAAGCAGGGACUUUGACCCUGUACAAGCUCACAAUACUCUAAAUGGUUCAUUCAUUCCWGGAGAACUUUAUCAAACUAUAYCUGAGGCCAAAGGAAAYCCAGUUCGUAAACUAAGCCGUAAAUUAAAACAGUCAUUUAAAGGGAGAAAAAGACGGCACAGUAAUCGAGAGUUGGAUCCUUACGCAGUUGAUUUAGUAGAAGAUGAUAGUAAUGCGAAGAAUAAAGGGAGAAGCAACUUCGUUUAUGAAGACGUCAACGAUGAUCAUAGUCAUCAAUACGCUGAUCUAGGCGAUACCAUUCCGAAAAAACCCGAAUUACCAAUCUAUCCACGACAAACAGUGAAYAAACUCUACGAACCAUACGAUGACAAAGAGAAGAAACGCAAAAACAGUGAAGAAAGUGCUACAGAGAAAAGAUGCUGUUGUCUUCGUGAAAGUCAGCUGAUUAAAUUGCUAUUAUUUGUAAUAAUAUUUCUUUUCUUGUUGUGUUUGUUUCUUGUCAUCUUGCUUAUCACUGGAACUCUACGUGUCCAAGCAUCAGACGGCACUGAACAAGAUAAAUCCAGUUCGCAACAGAAAUCCKCCUCAGUUCAACCAAUGCAAGCAAGCAUUGCAAGCUUACAARAAAACGUAACAGAGCUGCAGAAAUUAUUGAAAGCACAAGAAAAAGUGAACAUAACAUCGUUACAGAAAGACUUUAGUGACAAGCUCAAUUUGGUAAGAAGUAACUUGRAAACGGACAUUCAAAAAUCUGUUAGGCAAGCAAUGGCUUUGAAUGAAACUAUCAGAAAAACAUCACAACAGUUUUCGUUAUCMGUGAAUCCUAUCAAGAAAACUAUAGCAGAGUUGCAGGCCAAUCUAACUGAGCUGGAAGCUCUACUGAAUAAGACCAAAGCACAAGCAAACGUACAAACCAAUGGAUCAAUAUCUAUWCUUGAUGUGAAGRMAAACUUUGAUCAAAAGCUUAAUGCAACAAAAGAUCAACUUCAAGCAGCUGAUGGCAGAAUCAAAGGAGAAGUUAAAGCACUGAAUAUUUCUCUUAUUAAUAAGAUUCAAGGAAUCAGUGCCAUUGAAGGMAAACAAGGUCCACCAGGAUUAAAUGGUUCACGCGGUGAACCAGGCCCUCAGGGUGUACAGGGACCCCCYGGACUAGGAAACUUCAGUCAGUGUCGGCAUUCAGUUGAAAGUCAAACCACUCAUGAUCAGUCAGUUAUAAGUAUCACUGUCAAUAAACUCCAGCCAAAUGGUUAUAUCAUACUCAGUGCUUUCUGUUCAACGGUUGGUACUAARGAACACAAGCUGGAAAUCUUUGUACCCAAAGAUGGCAAUCCUAACUUUGUGUGCACGUGUAAAGGAAAAUCAACAUUAUUUCCUACACCGAACUCCAAGUAUUCAUGCAAUCUGAAUUACUUUAUAUGUCCAAARACAACUUAAAAUGGUAUUGAUAUUGUGGUUCAGAAUAUUUAGGUAGAUUUACUAUGAUAAUUAAUAAUUAGRUAUCUGUAUAUAAUAKUAWUAAUAAUAACAAUGAUUUCACUGUKMGUACUGUGAUUAUGUCASAAUGAAGUGAACAAUUUUAUGUAGAAAAUUCUUAAAUUAGAUAUUUGUAAAUACCUAGAAAGUUUCAUAGAAAAAUGAUUGGCUCAUAAAUAUAUAUCCUUCAUCUAGUUGUUUCUUCACAAGUUUUUUUAGAAUAGAAAUUGCAAAUAUUUAGGAUACCUUUUUUAUAAUAAUUUUAACUGAAAUUGAAGCUUAAUGAUUCCAUGUUAAAAAAAGUUGACUAGACAUUGAUAUCAAAUCUUGGUAGAGGUACAUAUGUCCAUAUAGAACAAUUGUAUAUUAUGUCUUAGAAGUAUAAUGUGGGUUUCUUUACAAAUUUAUUUUUCAUCAUUUCUUAUAUAUGUUUUAUAAGGCAUUUUUUCAUUCAAUUUAAUKAUGUUAUUUAUUUGUCAAGCUACAUGUAUUUAUGCUAGUUGAUCUAGCAAAUUCAUUAUUUUAAGUUGUAGUUCAUUUUCAAAUGUGUAUAAUAAUAUAGUAUUAAAUAUAGAGUUUUUACCAAGAAGCCAAGGACAAAUUAAGCUUCAAAUCAGUUUUCAUGUCAAACAAGUAUGAAUUGUUUGUCCAGACUGUGGAUCAUACAAGACAGGCCAAGUUGGAUGUUAUUAUAGUUUUGAUAUUUCUUAAAAAGCAUAUAAAGAAAAUAAUCUUUGAUUAAAACGUAGUGGCGACAAUGUGAAGUGUAGCACAAUAGCUGACAUUAGAUUGCAAUCUGAAAACAUUUGUCGUCAAUACAUUGAGACUUGACGUAUAAUCUUUAGCCAAUCAGAAACAAGUAUAUAUUCUGAAUAAAAGUAAAAUAUAGCCAUGUACAGGGGGAGGGGGGGUCGUGGAAAAGAUCACAGGCUAUUACGUAAAAUAUAAAGGAUAUAGUGCACAGAAUUAUUUGCUGAGCAAAUAUAGUAUUAUCAUUAUAGAUAAUCACAAGGAAAGUUGAAAAUAUGAGCAUUUGUAAUGUACAGAAGUGUUGAUAUAAUUAGAAUAAAUAUAAAAAUACAUGA